AUGUUGGGAGCGGAAAGUUUGGUUCCUGGCGUACUUGACUCCAACUCGAUCCUCGUCGAGGCUACUUAUAAAAUGUCGGAGGCCACGUUUUGUGAUGUGCUUAUUUUGGGUGCUGGUAUUUCUGGACUUGCUGCAGCCAAACUACUAACUAAUGAAGGACUUAAAACUAUUGUUUUAGAAGCGCGAUCAAGAAGUGGUGGCCGGAUUCAUACAGUCGAUCUUCCUUCUGUUACUGACAAAUCACAAGAUAAGUCUGUCGUCGACCUGGGGGCUAGCUACCUUCAUGGAUGCAACAAUUCGCAGGAUGUCCAACCUUUGUUUACGCUGGCUAGUCGUUUAAAAAUCGCUACUUCUCCUGCCGCUGGGGAUGUUUUAGGUACGCAUCGGGGUUGGGAAUGUCCAGAGGUAGCUGUUUGGCGAGAUAAUAAGUCGGGUAAGGAAAUUGGCUUGGAAGAAGUGGCGGACAUGAGUUUUCUACUUGACAGAUGCUUACUGUACAUUCUUAUGGCAGCAAAUCAGAAGAAGCAAGAGAAUCGAUCAAAUAAAACUUUAGCUACUGCUUUACCAAGUGCUCUAGAAUCAUGUCUUCACUUACUAUACAAAGCAGGCUACCGAACUUCUCCAACUCUUUCUCGAAGAGAAAAGGGCAUUUUUGAUUCCCUUUUUGCCCGAUACAUAGCGUAUGUAAAUCCGGCUCAUAGACUCUCUCCUAAACUUUCUUUGGGACCUCAUUUCGAAGCUGAUGCUAUGGCAGGUUUAGCUCUGAAUGUUGACCAACCGAGCUCUGUGUCCAAAAGAAUCUAUUUGGAUUGGUUGCAAGAAAAAAGAACCCAUUUAAGUUUGAAUGGCUCGUGUAAGAGCAUUGCUCGUCGAACCGACCACAAAUGGGAGGAUCGUUUAGUUUUAGAUGGGUUCUCAAAGUUUGUCGAAUUUCUAGCGUCUGGUGUAGACAUUCAUCACCGAUGUGUUGCACGACAUGUGUAUUGGUCAAAUCACACAGACUUUGGUAAAUCUAAUGAAGAAAUUAAUAUCCAAUUAAUUCAUGACAGUGCUGCCUCAUGGUCUACUAAAACUCUUAUGGAUUUUAUUGAGUCUUCUAAUCUAGUAUGUGUUGAUGUGGCACAGUACUCAGGGGAAUCGUCUACGUUGGUUUUCAACAGACAAUCUUCUAGGCGUUAUUUUGCACGCUUCUGCAUCAUAACAGUCCCUGUUGGUGUACUCAAAGGCCUUGAUCGUCGUAGUGCCAUCCAUUUUCAUCCGUGUUUGCCUUCAAGGAAAAGACUUGCAAUAGAUCGUCUUGGUAUUCCAAAGUUGGGAGCAGAAACUCAUAAUAAGGUUAUUUUAAUGUUUAACCCAUCAGAAAUUUUUUGGGAUCGUGACACGCCUCAUAUUACGUGUCCCGGCGCUUACCUUCAUAUACUUAAUUGUGACUUUUAUGGAAAUCCAGGUGUUCUGGUUGCUCACGUAUGGGGUGGUUCAAAGCUCAGGAUCACUGGUCGAUCUGAUCAAGCUGUCGUCAAAACUUUACUAGAUUUAUUAGGUGGUAUGUACCCUUCUCAGUGUCCAUUGCCUGAACCUAUAUACACUCACGUUACUCGAUGGUCAGAAGACCCGUUUAGUUUGGGUGCUUAUACUGCUGGUGAGGUUGGCUGCAGUGACGCUGAUCGACAAGCUUAUGCAAGUAGCCUGCCUUCCACAGUUUGUCCGAAGUUGCUUUUUGCAGGUGAAGGUACCGUUGACAGUUCUGGUGGUCAACAAUGUACUCAUGGUGCUUUCUCAUCAGGCGUUGAUCGUGCUUUAGAUGUUUUAGAUCAUAUUCAAGGUAGCCGUUGCCGUUUACGUGAUGUGCGCAUCAUUGAUUAUCUCACUGGACAUCGUUAUGACCUAUUCCUCCUCAUGAGAUGUGCUAAUUCGUCUGGUAAACAAGAGUCAUCGUUGGCUAAAUGUAUCCAAUCUAGCCAGGAACUGGUAAGCACAGAAUCAUCAGAUAGCCAGUGUUCUGAAGGUGAUUCAAGUCCAUCUAUUUUGGAUUUUGAAUCUAUUGAAUCCUGUAUAUUGUUUCCUAAGCCAACACGGCGUUCAACUCGCCUUACUACAUGGAUUUCCUCUCAAGCAUCUUCGUCUCUUCGAAGAGAGUCCAUUUUAAUGUACCACAAAAAAAGACACUCCGGGAGUUUUAAUGCUCUAAAUAACUGCAGUAAGCGUUGUAGUCAAGUUAUGUCAACUGAUAGUCGUGCUAUUUCAAAAAUUAUUGAUGGAAAGCAUCCAUUUUCUUGCUUCACAGGAAACCACAAUUCUAAUCUGCUCUCGAAAUCUGUAUCGGAUUCGCUACCGUCAUCUGUUAGUCCAACUCUACUCACAAAGACUUGUCUUUCAAGUAUACAUACUUCAUCCCCCCUUUCUGAUACGGCUGGCUGUAUACUAAUAGAUUGUAAUGAAAAUUUGAAAAACUUUUCUCUUCCUAUAAACUCUGUAUCCCAAUCUACCGAAAGCGAUUUAGAACCUGAUAUAAAAGGUUUGCUAUUUUCAGAUGGUUUAUUAAACAAUAAUAACAAUUGUAACAUAAAUUCUACACUGCAUUCAAAUAUGUCUCUUAAUAACCGUUCCAACGAAAAAAUCAUCGAUCAUAUCAAGCCAACUAACUAUGAACCUGUUUUUGGUGCUCUUCCAUUCACAGGAGCUUGUAAUAACUCAGGACGUCAAACUAAAUCUUUCUCUUUUAAAGAGGCUUUAAUUAUAAAACAUGUACCAAUUUCCAUGUAAAAAGCAAACUGUGUUACUUAUUCAACUUUUAGUUUUAUCUUUCUUUUUCAUCAUUGCAUUUCCUCCUCUUUAUGUUCUCAUGUUUUGUAAUUAAUUAUAGUGACUUAUAUAGUUUGCUAAUUUCCCAAGUUUCUUUGUGAUUUAUUUUAAAAGUUGUUUUCCUACUGUGAUUAAAUCUACUUGUGCUGCUUUUGGUUGCUU